AUGUGCAAACACAAUCCUUGUGCACUUUGGAGUUUGCGGUUGUUUGUGAUGGCGAACAUCUUUCUGGCUCUUGUGCUGUUGUCCUUAAUUCACCUGAGUCUUGGAGGCUCCUUGUUCCUGUCUGGCAAAGAGGCCGAUGGCGUCCUGAGCAGACACAAGCGUUCCAACAGGGGUUUUUUGGAAGAAAUGUGGCAGGGGAACCUCGAAAGAGAAUGUUAUGAGGAAACAUGUGACUUUGAGGAGGCCAGGGAGGUCUUUGAGGAUCACGAUCAAACCGUGGCGUUCUGGACAGUCUAUAUGGAUGGUGACCAGUGUAGGUCAAAUCCAUGCUUCCACCGGGCCAGAUGCGAAGAUGGAGCAAACUCCUACAAGUGUCACUGUCCAAAAGACUUCUCCGGCAUCAACUGUGAGAUAGAUUCAUUGAAGAGGUGUGACCUCAACAAUGGAGACUGCAAACACUUUUGUCAGCCAACGGGCAUUAUAGGAGGCAAAUGUUACUGUGCAGAAGGAUACAAAUUGAUGAGAGAUGGCUUAAGCUGUAAACCACAAGUGGAGUUCCCAUGUGGUAAAGUCGCCAUCACUGAGAAGCGGCAACGCAUUGUAGGUGGAGUUGAGGUCGAAAAAGGAGAGAUCCCCUGGCAGGCGGCCUUGGUACGCACGUCCGACGGUAAAGUGUUCUGCGGCGGUUCCAUUCUAAACGAGCGAUGGGUGGUCACUGCGGCCCACUGUCUGAACCUGGACCCCUUCUAUGUGAGACUGGGCGAGCACAAUGUUACUCUCGACGAAGGCACCGAGCAGAACAUCAUUGUAUCCCAGCAGUACAUCUACCCGUUGUACGAUAGAAGCGUAAGCGAGUACGAUCAUGACAUCGCCCUGCUCCGCCUCCAAAGACCCGUCAACUUCUCUGAGUACGUGCGGCCCAUCUGCGUGGGGCCCACGGAUUUCACUGAGGCCCUUGUCAAGCGAGCUUCGCCUGCCACAGUCAGCGGCUGGGGCCAAACACUCUACCUUGGAUUGACGGCCAACACACUCCUUAAGUUGGCGGCACCCAUCACCAGCCGCAGCGAAUGCAAAUUCACAAGCAGUGCAAGGAUCACGCCCGCAAUGUUCUGCGCCGGCUACAUCGACCAACCCAGAGACGCGUGCAAGGGGGACAGCGGGGGGCCUCACGCCAACAGGAUCGACAAUACCUGGUUCCUGACGGGCAUCGUCAGCUGGGGGGAAAAGUGCGCCACGGAUGGCAAAUACGGGGUGUACACCCGCCUCUCUAUUUACUACAACUGGAUCCGCAAUGUCACCCAUGAGUUGGACGCCCACCACGAAAAUCUUGACGAAUUAUUGUUGUGGCGUUAA